ACGACGACAACGACAACGACUUCGAAGCUCAACAAUCAUGUCCACUCGGCGUGGUGUCGGUCUCGGCGCAUUUGCUAAUCGGAAUCAAGCUACCCAGUCAUAUGCGAGCCAUGGCGCGAAUUUACGAUCCACGCAUCUGUCAUCGUUGCAGACCCAACUGGCCGUAUUCCAGUCCUUACUCCACACGUUCGCGUUGGAACACAGCUCGACAAUCAAGUCCAACCCGACGUUCCGGGCGGAAUUUGCACGCAUGUGCAAUGCCAUAGGCGUAGAUCCUCUCGCAGCAAGCAAUAUCAAGGGCAAGAAUGGCCGGAGGGGCCUGGGCGAGGGCGGCGGGAAUUUCUGGACGCAGAUACUGGGCGGCGACAUGAACGAUUUCUACUUCGAAGUCGCCGUCCGGGUCGUGGAGCUAUGUCGAGAGACACGCAGCGAGAAUGGGGGUCUAAUUGGGGUGGAGGAAUGCCGCAAGCGGGUUGGAAAAGGGAAGGCGAUUGGAAGCGGGUUGGAGGUGACCGAAGAUGAUAUUCUUCGUGCGGUCAAGUCGUUGGAACCGCUAGGCUCGGGGUUUUCAAUCGUCCGCGUCGGGCAGAAACAAUAUAUUCGGUCAAUCCCCAAGGAGCUCAAUACCGAUCAAGCCACAGUGCUCGAAGUCAUCCAGAUUUUGGGUUAUGUCAGCGUGUCGAUGCUGCAGUUAAACUUGAACUGGGAGAAAGCUCGGUCACAGACUGUCAUUGACGAUUUGCUCGCUGACGGGCUUGUCUGGGUAGACGCCCAGGCCGAAGAGAAGGAGUAUUGGUCUCCUGCAAAUCUCUUGGAUGAUAGUUUUUGAUAUCCCGAAAGUAAACAUCAUAGCAUUCUGGAAUUUGUGACCGCAAAGACCUUCUAGCCUUUCAGCAUAUACAUAUAUAUAUAUUCAUAUAUAUAUGCACCCCAAAUUACCACAACCCGGAAGAUUCCAACCAUUGACAAGAUGACAUGUCACCUUUAAGGAGCAAUCAACUGGAAUCGAACCAUUCGGGAUUAUAUCAUCACUACAGAGCGCCACAGGGAAGACGCUUCAGGUCGAAUCUAACUUGACCAAGGGCCCAGUGGACAUAUGGUUAGAAAAGGUAUUACUCCAUACCUAGUCAGCUAUGAAUGAAGUAAUUAUAUAAAUACCAACUGAUCAC